UCAAAUAUAAUAAAUGUCCGUCUUUUCCUAAAACCCGGAUCACUUGCAUGGUAUGAGAAUGUUUGCACUUUCAGGCUGGUCGUUACUCUGUGUCACCUUAGCUGUGACACUAGCUUUGCCACCAGAUGGCCGAGUAGACUACACAGGACACAAAGUGAUCAAGGUGGUGCCUGAAGAAAAAGAGCAGACGACAGUUAUCCUCAAUCUACGUCAAGAAUAUCAGGUGGACUUGUGGAAUGAACCAUACUAUCUUGGAGUUCCAGUGUUGAUUCGUGUGGCACCAGAGGUUGCUCAGAAUGUUGAAUCUAAGCUAAUGGAUGCAAAUAUGCCAUUUACAGUAGUGUAUGAGGAUUUACAAAGCGCUAUACAAAUGGAGCAGGCGCAAAACAAACCACAGUACAGUAGUGAAAUGCCCGCUUCCAGCUUAAAUCUCGGGAGUUACCACAGACUCGAAGAAAUCUAUACCUACAUACAGAAUAUUGCAUCAGCCAAUCCAAGUAUCGCAUCAACAAUGAAUUUUGGAAAAACCUAUGAAAACCGACCCAUCUUGGGAAUUAAGAUUUCAGGAGGAAGUUCUUCAAACAAGCCAGUGAUCUUUUUGGAAUUUGGAAUUCAUUCCCGAGAGUGGGUUUCUACAGCUUGUGGUAUUUGGAUAGUUAAUGAGGUAAGUCUUCUGCAGCUUGUGGUAUUUGGAUAG